CAGUUUAUUUUGUUACAAUGAAUUCAUACUGAAUACUUUAGGAACUGCUGCGGAACUGUCCAAUUCGAUAAACACGAGCGGGACAACACUAGUGCAUGCGCAUGAAAGGAGUAUAGAUAGCUGCUUGAUGGUACGGACCGAGUACACGUUUGCAUACACUGCACAUUAUCAAAGAAGAAAAUUAAUAAUAAUUUAGACAAGAUCAAAUAAUUAUUAGAGUUAAUUUGCCGAUUAUCAAACAAAUACACACUGUCAUUGUCCAACACUGACUUCUGACACGACCAAUUAAUGGUGAGAGACAAGCGUGUGGACAGAGCAUAGUGCAAAGUCAAUAUAGCCGGACACUGUAGCGUAUACCAUACGACGAGGGUUUCUGUAAAUGGAGGCUGUUUUGUGUUUUGUUGUUGAGCGUGAAGUGUGCAAUUGACUAGAAAUUGUGUGUGCUUCUUUUUUUUUUUUGUUUUUUAAAUGUUUCGAGAAGCCAAUAACCAAAUAGGAAAACAAAUCGAUUUCAGUUUUAAGCAUAUACAAACAACUAACAAGCAUACAGUACGAGGCAGCAAAUAUAAAACGGGCGCAAAUUGGAAAAACAGCAACGAAGACGAAAACGAAAACAGAGCAAAACGUUUUCUCUCUUACCACCACACUUACACCCCCGCCCCGCUAUCCCCCGCCCUUACACACACACACAAGAGACGCUGACGCGACGCCAGUGAAAAUACAGUUAGUAGCUAAGCUUUUAAAAUACGGUUCUCGCGCCGCCAACGAGCAGAGCUUCAGGACAGUUGAGAGCAGACAUUAAGGAAACCUUGAGAGCCAGUCAUACAUACACACAUAUAUAUAUAUAUCAAUACACAAGCACACGCACAGCUACACACACACACACAUACAUAUACAUACACGCAUACAGGCACAAGCGGACGCAGCAGACGCGCCAGCCAUGAGUUCGCAAUAUUCGAAUGUGGAGAACCUGUCGCCGCAGACCAUACGGCAGGUGAUGAAGGAACUGCAGGAUAUGGAGACAACACCACCGGAGGGCAUCAAGGUGUUGAUCAAUGAGAGCGAUGUCACCGAUAUACAGGCAUUGAUAGAUGGCCCAGCCGGCACACCGUAUGCCGUUGGUAUAUUCCGUGUCAAAUUGACGCUGAGCAAAGAUUUUCCACAAACGCCGCCAAAGGCAUAUUUCCUAACCAAAAUUUUCCAUCCAAAUGUUGCAUCGAAUGGCGAGAUAUGCGUGAAUACACUGAAAAAGGAUUGGAAACCAGAUUUGGGCAUUAAGCACAUAUUGUUAACAAUCAAAUGCCUGCUAAUUGUGCCCAAUCCCGAAUCGGCGCUCAACGAGGAGGCCGGCAAAAUGCUGCUCGAACGUUACGACGACUACUCGCAGCGGGCGCGCAUGAUGACCGAGAUACAUGCACAGCCGGCCAAGUGCGGCGCUGGCGCCAGCGAUGCCAAAGACGAUGACGGACCCUCGACAAAGAAGCAUGCGGGCCUCGACAAGAAGCUGCAGGACAAGAAGAAGGAGAAGUUGCUCAAGGAGAAAAAGCGCAUGCUCAAACGAUUAUGAGACGCAUAAAUAAACGGAGCAGCCGCAGCAGCAGGAGCAAGAGCAGCAGCAGCAGCAGCAGCUAGCCGGAGCGACAGGCAGCCGGAGAACGGAGGAGUUAAGAUGUAGUUAAAGCAACAACAACAACAACAACAACAACAGCAGCAACAGAUUAUGUAUAUGUACAAUAUAUAUAUAUAUAUAUAUGUGUGUGCGUACGUAUGUAUGUAUAUGUGUCUAUGAGGCCAGCAGCAGGCAUAAAUCUACAGUGGAGCCGCAAUAAAGCGAACAACGGGCGCAACAUAAAGAUGACAACAACAACAACAACAAAUACCAACUCCAAAGAAAAGUGCAUCCAGUUACAUAAAAACUAAAUGGAAAACAAAAAUAUUAUAAAUAUAGCAUAUAUAUAUAUAUGAAAAACAAAAAAAAAAAAGAAAACAAAAUUUGGUUGCCGUCUGUUCAGACAAACUGAGCCGAUAUUUAGUUUGUAGGCAAAAACAAAAACAACAAGAAAAUUAAGUAAAAAAAAAAACAAAUUCACAAUGUCCUAAUUAAUUUAGUGCGAUCCUUGCGCCCAUAUAUAUAUAUACAUAUAUUUUUUAAAAUGCUUUUCGCGCUAACUUUAGCAUAAUUUAUGUCUAUGUAAUUAGUUUAAAGAUCUGUUCCACACACACACACACACACACACACACACACACACACACAUGCACACGCACACUGAGC